UUUCACACUAACAAACAAUUUUCGAAAAGAGAAUUGAUUUAUCUUUAUUUCUUCUAUGUGAACUUCUCAAGAAAUUACAGAAAGCAAACGAACGAACUCGCGUGAAAAAUGGGAGCGAAUCUAAUGCUCUUCAUCUUCCUCUUCCUUUCAAUCAUCUCCAGUUUCAGAGCUGAUUAUGUUCGUCCUCAGCCACGUCAAACUCUACAUCUUCCAUGGAAUCCGAAAUCAUCUUCUCAACCCCACCAGGUUCACGUCUCCCUGGCAGGAGACGAGCAUAUGAGAGUCACAUGGAUUACUAAAGGUCAUUCUGCUCCUUCUUAUGUUGAAUAUGGAACAUCGCCGGGAGAAUAUACUUCUGUUUCUCAAGGAGAGAGCACCUCAUAUAGUUAUAUUUUCUACAAGUCAGGAAAGAUACACCAUACAGUAAUUGGGCCUCUAAAGGCUGCCACUGUUUAUUAUUACAAAUGUGGAGGGGAAGGUUCUGAGUUCCAGCUGAAGACACCUCCUUCCCAGUUCCCAAUUACUUUUUCAGUGGCAGGAGAUCUGGGUCAAACUGGAUGGACCAAAUCAACAUUAGAACACAUUGAUCUGUGCAAAUAUGAUGUACAUCUGCUUCCUGGUGACCUGUCCUAUGCUGAUUACUUGCAGUACCGGUGGGACACUUUCGGUGAGCUUGUGGAGCCACUUGCAAGUACUAGGCCGUGGAUGGUAACUCAAGGGAACCAUGAAAAGGAGGACUUAUUGAUAUUCAAGGCUCCAUUUGAUUCCUAUAAUGCAAGAUGGAAGAUGCCAUUUGAGGAGAGUGGAUCAAGUUCAAAUCUCUAUUAUUCAUUUGAAGUUGCUGGAACUCAUGUGAUUAUGCUUGGAUCAUACACUGAUUAUGAUGAGUCCUCAGAUCAAUAUGCAUGGUUAAAGGCUGAUCUUGCAAAGGUGGACAGGGAAAGAACACCCUGGCUUGUAGUGUUAUUCCAUGUGCCAUGGUACAAUAGUAAUAAAGCUCAUCAAGGCGAAGGUGCAAGUAUGAUGGCUGCCAUGGAGCCAUUGUUACAUGCAGCUGGUGCAGACUUAGUCAUUUCGGGUCAUGUCCAUGCUUAUGAGCGAUCGAAACGUGUGUAUGCUGGAAAGUCUGAUCCUUGUGGUGCUGUGCAUAUCACUAUUGGCGAUGGAGGGAACCGCGAAGGUUUAGCUCACAAGUACAACUUGCAGCCUGAAUGGUCAGUUUUUCGAGAAGCUAGUUUUGGUCAUGGUGAACUCAAGAUGGUGAACUUGACUCAUGCAUUUUGGAGUUGGCAUAGAAAUGAUGACGAUGAACCAGUAAAGUCUGAUCAAGCAUGGAUAACUUCAUUGGUGUCCUCUGGCUGCGUUACUGAGAAGAAUCACCAACUGAAGAAGUUCAGAUGAAAACAUUUGAAUCUAUGUAACAUAGUUUGUCCUUUCUGCUUUAGAUUGAUUUUCCUUGUAAUAUUUUCCUUUCUGUUCCAAUGUAAAUAGCUGGUGUGAACAUAGAUUUCAUCUUACUUGCAUCAGCUUCCAUUUUACAUAUACAUUUGAAGUCAUAUAUCAGUUAUAUAUUAUAGCUUAGCAAUUCUCAA